GAAGAGGCUGUUCUUCAUACGUUUCGUUCCCAGUGUCGCUAAAACUAACACAAAAUUACACACACCCUCUCCCUCUCUCUCUCUCUCACCCAAACCCAAUUCUAUCUUUCUCUCCUCGCGCAAACAAAACCCUAUUUCCAGACUCAGACUCUGAGCCCCAUUCUGCGUUUUGUUCCCAAAAUCCCUCUUCCUUCUCUGCGUUUCGCUCUCCGCCGCUUUCACUCUGAAACUCUCUCUCUCCCUCUCUCUUUUUUCUCUCUGAAACGCAUUGUUUUCAAUAUAGAGAGAGAAUAUACUGGGGGCGGUUAUUAAAACGGUUACGUUUUGGCUUAAUCGUCAAUCACUGCUGGGCUAGGGUUAGUCCUUUCUCUCUCUUUUUCUCUCUGAAAUUUUUCGUAUCGUUUGUGGUCGAAUAAUUUUGGGGCUGUGGAAAUCCUAGGUCUUCGGAGUUACAUAGACGCAGAGAGGGAUAAUAAUAUAUACAUGUGCUAGGGUUUCUAUUUUAGCGCAUUUACUCGGCGUUCACUCCCAGAUGUUGGCGUCGCCCUAGGGUUUUUUUUGUCUCUUUCUCUGGAGAUUGAACUGUUUGAUGGGUGUGAAUUUUCGUGCGAGAAUCGUGGGUUGUUAUUCGUUGUUGCCAUAGUUAACACACCUAUUGCUUAUCUGUCUGUUGGGCUUGAAGAUGAGGGUCUUCUGAGUUUGCAAUUUCCUUCUGCAAAUCCAUCUUUUGAUUGAAGAUGGAUGCGUAGACAGAUUUUUCCUUUUAUCUUCCUUGUUUCCGUUUUUUCAAUCCCAUUGUGUUGUAAUUCGAGACAUGCACCUUGUCCUUGCCAUUGCCUUUGUUUUCGUGCUCUGGGUUCACACCUUGGUGAAAAUCUGUUUGUUUUUCUGAGCCCUAGUGUAGGUAGAUAUAGAUAAUAUGCUAUUCAGUGCGUAACAAUAUCGGAGCCUGUUUACUUGAUUAAUUGCAGUGAUUCUGAAACAAGAUUGGUUAUUUAGGGAAAAGGAAACUUGGACUUUGCUAUUCUAUACAGAAGAGUACCUUUGCGGUACAGAACUGUGUGGAUAUUAUUUUGAUAAGUUUGACAGAGGCAAAUUAUAGUUGCCAUAUAUAGGAUAAAUCAACCACUCUCAUUGUAGUGGGGAGUGCAUUUGGAGUAGUGGCUGCGACUUGCUUGUCGGGUUGAUUGUGAAGCAAUAUUGGUUGUUUAGAAGAAAAAAAUAUUAUAGUUGGAACUUAGUAUCUUUGCCAAAAUAUAAUAAAUUUGGGGAAAGGGAAGAGGCGGUGAAGAAGGUGAGAAGUGUUUCUGUUGUUGUACCUGAUCAUGUUCACUGCUCCUUAUGGAAAGAAGUGAACCCACUUUAGUUCCAGAAUGGUUGAGAAGUACAGGAAGUGUUACUGGGGGUGGCAAUUCAGCCCACCAUUUUGCAUCAUCUUCUUCUCACUCAGAUGUUACUUCUUUGGCUCAUCACCUGAGAAAUAGAGCCUCAAAGAGCAUAAGUGAUUUUGAUACACCACGUUCUGCUUUUCUGCUGGACCGAUCUUCCUCUUCCAAUUCACGGAGGAGUUCUAGUAAUGGUUCUGCAAAGCAUGCUUACAGUAGUUUUAACAGAAGCCACCGUGAUAAGGACCGUGAUAAGGAAAAAGAGAGAUUAAACUAUGGAGACCAUUGGGACCGUGACUGCUCUGACCCUUUGGGAAAUAUUUUUACCAGUAGAGUUGAGAAGGAUACUUUGCGGCGUUCUCAGUCUAUGGUGGCCAGGAAACAAAGUGAGCUUUUGCCCCGAAGAGCUGUUAUUGACUCAAAAAGUAGUAACAGCAAUCAUAACAAUGGCAAUGGUUUGCUUUCUGGGGUUGGAGUUGGUAUUCAGAAGGUUGUGUUUGAUAAGGAUUUUCCCUCACUCGGAACUGAAGAAAGGCCAGCUGUGCCUGAUAUUGGAAGAGUUCCAUCCCCUGGAUUUCAGAGUCUGCCUGUUGGUAGUUCAGCUUUAAUUGGUGGGGAGGGAUGGACGUCAGCUCUGGCAGAGGUGCCUUCUACUAUCAUUGCAAGCAGUAGCUCAGGAUCCUUUCCUGUUCAACCAACGGUUGCUGCUACUUCGGCUUCUGGUACUUCAACUGCAAUGGCUGGUCUUAACAUGGCUGAAGCAUUGGCGCAAGCUCCAGCACGAGCUCGCACUGCUCCUCAGUUAUCUAUCAAGACCCAGAGGCUUGAGGAGUUGGCUAUCAAGCAAUCGAGGCAAUUAAUACCAGUAACCCCUUCGAUGCCCAAAGCUUCAGUUCUGAAUUCUUCUGACAAAUCAAAGCCCAAAACAGCAGCCAGGACUGGUGAAAUGAAUGUACCUGCCAAGGGUGGACAACAGCAGCAACCCUCUCAAUUGCACCACGCCAAUCAAUCUCUUCGUGGUGGUCCUGUCAAGUCCGAUCCUCCAAAGACAUCUCAUGGGAAGUUCCUGGUUCUUAAACCAGUAUGGGAAAAUGGUGUCUCCUCUUCUCCGAAGGAUGUUACUAGCCCCACAAAUAAUGCCAGCAGAGCAGCAAAUAGCCCACUUGUUGUUGCUCCUGCAGUUGCAUCUGCUCCUCUAAGGAGCCCCAACAACCCAAAGCUUUCGCCUGUGGAGCGCAAGGUAGCUGCCUUGGAUCUGAAAUCUGGAUCCACAUUGGAAAAGAGACCUUCUCUGUCUCAAGUCCAGAGCCGGAAUGAUUUUUUCAAUCUCUUGAAGAAGAAAACCUCAAUGAACAGUUCAAUUACUCUUCCAGAUUCAGGCCCUAUCAUUUCAUCUCCCACUAUGGAGAAAUCAGGUGAACUAACUGGGGAAGUAUUCAGUGAUCCUGCGAGCCCUCACACUAUUGAAAAUGGUGGUGAGGUGACUGUGAAUGGUGAUAGCUCUGAAGAGGUUCAGAGGUUUUCUGAUACUGGUCCUAGUGUGGCAGUUUAUCCUGAUGAGGAAGAGGCUCGUUUCCUUCGAUCUCUUGGAUGGGAUGAUAACCCUUGUGAUGAUGGCGGUCUUACAGAAGAAGAGAUAAGUGCAUUUUAUGACCAGGUCCUGAAAUCAAGGCCAUCUCUGAAACUUUGCCGAGGCAUGCAGCCAAAGCUUUCUACGCUGUCUGAAUCUCGUGCAACUAAUUUGGGCGGGGCUCGCUCUGACUUGAGCUCAUCUGACUCUGGGUCUGAAGCUUGAUUUUCUUUUUCCUCACACAUAGAUCCAAGAAUUUUCAAUUUUUUUGAUGGCAGAUGGUUAGUCUCUUUUCUCUUUUGUUUUGGCAAAAAAAAAAAGAAGCUGAUGAGUUUGGUAUGAAAGAAGAGACUGAGUUUCGGUUACAACUCUGCAUUCUGCAAAUAGUGCAAUAAGUUACAGGUGCCCCCGAUCCUGUCUGCCUAAAAUGGUUUUUGUUUAGGUUUAAAAUUUUAUGGGGGAGGGGUAGAGUAGGGGCUAUUUUGUCUGCAGUGGAAGAAGAAUGAGAAAUUGAUAUUUUGGUGUA